AUGUGGUCUGUUGCUUUAUUUGGUGUGUCUCUAGUUGUAAUAUACAUUGUACAUUGGGUUUACAGAUGGAGUAACCCUAAAUGCAAUGGUAUUCUCCCACCAGGUUCAAUGGGUUUUCCACUUAUUGGAGAGACCCUUCAGUACUUCAUCCCAACUCCAUCAAUUGAUAUCCAACCAUUCAUUAAAAAGAGGAUGGAUAGAUAUGGAGCAUUGUUCAAAACUAGUCUAGUUGGUAGACCUGUUGUGAUAUCAACUGAUCCUGAAAUCAAUCAAUUUAUCUUUCAACAAGAAGGAAAGUUAUUCCAAAUUUGGUAUAUGGAUACUUUUACUGAGAUAUUUGGGGAAGAAAGUUUGAUUUCUGUUCAUGGUUUUGUCCAUAAGUACCUCAGGAGUUUGAUUUUGAGUAUAUUUGGUUCUGAAAACCUCAAAGAAAAACUUCUUCCUGCAAUGGAACAGCAAACAAUCAAACAUCUCAAGUUUUGGACAUCCCAAGACAGCAUAGAGUUGAAAUAUGGUAUUUCAAGUAUGAUAUUUGAAUUAGUUGCUAAGAAGCUGAUUAGUUAUGAUGAAGAGAUCUCCUCAAAAAAGCUAUUAGAGAGUUUUAUGAUUUUCAUAAGAGGUUUAAUUUCCUUUCCUUUGAAUGUUCCUGGUACUACCUACUACAAAUGUCUACAGGGACAGAAGAAGAUUAUGAAAAUGCUUAAAGAGCUGUUAGAUGAAAGGGUUGCAUCACCAGAGAAGCAACAUGGUGAUUUCUUUGAUAUUAUUAUCAAGGAAAUAAAGAAAGAAGGGUCCCUCCUUAGUGAAAGGAUUGCUCUACAUUUACUCUUCACUCUUCUAUUUGCUAGUUAUGAGACAACUUCUGAGGUUUUAGCAUUUGGGAUGAAGAUGCUUGAAGAACACCCUCAAGUCCUAGAAGAAUUAACGAAAGAACAUGAGGAGAUUAUAAGAAACCGAAAAGAUAAAGACAGUGGAAUCACAUGGAAAGAAUAUAAAUCUAUGACAUUUACAUCAAUGGUCAUCAAUGAAAUGGUUAGGCUUGCAAAUAUUGCUCCAGGGAUUUUCAGAAAAGCAACAGCUGAUGUAGAGAUAAAUGGCAAGUUCAAAAUCUUUCUUAUGCAAAUUGAAAUUUGUGUAGGAUACAUUAUUCCAGCAGGCUGGGCUGUUAUGGUAUGUGCUCCGGUUGUUCAUCUGAACCCGAAAAAGUAUGAUGAUCCCGUUGCUUUCAAUCCGCGGCGAUGGGAGAAUAUGGAAACAAAUGCUGGGUCUAAGAAUUUCAUAGCUUUUGGAGGUGGUUCAAGAUUUUGUGUUGGUGCAGAAUUUGCCAAGUUGCAGAUUGCCAUCUUUCUUCAUUACUUGAUUACAGGUUAUAGGUGGAAGACAAUAAAAGGAGGUAAUCUGGUUCGAUGCCCAGGUUUAGCGUUUCCAAAUGGUAUCUACAUCAAACUAUCAGAAAAGCAGAAGUCAAUAAUAAGCAACAAUUAA